CUCGAGGCUCCGGGGCGGGCGCCCCGGCAGAGGGCCGCGUCGAUGGAGGCCUUCGCCUCGGCUCGGGCAUGAGCCGGGGUGUCCCGGGGUCUUUCGCCGCGCUGCCGCAGCUCCCCGGCUGCGGUCCGCCUCCGGGAGCAUGCCCCAGGCGUCCUACUGCUACGUGCGGGUCGUGGGCAGGGGCAGUUACGGGGAGGUGACGCUCGUGAGGCACCGGCGGGACGGCAGGCAGUACGUUAUCAAAAAACUGAACCUCCGAAAUGCCUCCAGCCGCGAGCGCCGAGCAGCCGAGCAGGAAGCUCAGCUCCUGUCUCAGUUGAAGCACCCCAACAUCGUCACCUACAAAGAGUCCUGGGAGGGAGGAGACGGGCUGCUCUACAUCGUCAUGGGCUUCUGCGAGGGAGGCGACCUGUACCGGAAGCUCAAGGAGCAGAAGGGGCAGCUCCUGCCCGAGAGUCGGGUGGUGGAGUGGUUUGUCCAGAUCGCCAUGGCUUUGCAGUAUUUACACGAGAAACACAUCCUUCAUCGGGAUCUGAAAACUCAGAAUGUCUUCUUAACGAGAACAAACAUCAUCAAGGUGGGCGAUCUGGGGAUUGCCCGAGUGUUGGAGCACCAGAGUGACAUGGCGAGCACCCUCAUUGGCACUCCCUAUUACAUGAGCCCUGAGUUGUUCUCAAACCAACCCUACAACUACAAGUCUGACGUUUGGGCUUUGGGAUGCUGUGUCUAUGAAAUGGCCACCCUGAAGCACGCUUUUAAUGCAAAAGACAUGAAUUCUUUAGUUUACCGGAUUAUUGAAGGAAAGUUGCCACCAAUGCCAAAAGUUUAUAGCCCAGAGCUGGCAGAGCUGAUACGAACAAUGCUGAGCAGGAGGCCUGAGGAAAGACCAUCUGUGCGGAGCAUCCUAAGGCAGCCAUAUAUAAAACACCAGAUCUCCUUAUUCUUGGAGGCCACAAAAGCAAAAACUUGCAAAAAUAAUGUUAAAAAUGGUGACUCCAGAGCCAAACCUGUUGCUGCUGUAGUUUCCAGAGAGGAAGCAUCAAGUCAUGAAGUGAUACACGACCAGCCAUGUCCUUCUGAGGGAUCCACUGCACGUGACACGGGUGAAGAUAAGUGUUUGUCCCAAGAGAAACCAGUGGCCGUUGGUCCCUGGAAAUCACCUGCCAACCUCAAAGGCCACACUGGCAAACCAGACAUGAACAAUACUGCAGGGUCAUUUGCCACAAUCAGUAGGAUAAAUAUCGAUAUCUUACCUGUAGAAAGGAGGGACUCAGCAAAUAAUGGCAUAGUUCGGGAGAAUCAGCCAAGACACUCGGAUGCCUCUAAUGAAGUAGACAGUCAAUACCGUAUUUCUCAAGACAAGGAGAGGCUACAGGGUAAUAACAAGUCCAAUGAGCAGCCUGAAAAUCUGCUUCCCAAAUGGUCCUCUGAUUAUGGUGAUGGGGAAGGGAAUGAGCCAGUGAAGCCAUUGCAGCCCCCAAAUAAGGACCAAAAGCCAGGACAGGAUCAAGUUACUAGUGGAUAUAGGAUAGAAAAACAGGACAGCAUCCCAAGAUUCCAGCCACAUAGCUGUGUGUCUGAACCUUCCGUGUCUCGACAGCGAAGGCAGAAAAGGAGGGAACAGACUGACCGUGGUCAGGCAAAGAGUCAGUUCCAAGAAUCACCCCCUCGGCUUUUGCCUUCUCACCCUGAUGAUGGAAAAGUGGAUAUCAUAUCAACACAACAAAAUGAUGAAAACCAAAGUAGACCUGUGGCUGGGUCUGUAAACAGUUCAAGGAUCAACUCAGUGUCAUCAUCCAAGGAUCGGCCAUUGUCAGCCAGAGAGAGGCGGCGACUAAAGCAGUCACAGGAAGAGAUGCUCCCCUCAGGCCCUUCAGUUCGGAGAACUUCAAGUGCAGUGGAGCCAGUGAAACCUCGGGAAGAAGGCCAGCCUACCCCUGCCCGACGGUUCUCUUCUGACUGCAGCGUCCCUCAGGAAAAGAGACAGUCACAUGGUCUGUCUGAGGAUGAUGAGUUAAGUUCUUCUACAAGCUCAACUGAGAAGUCAGAUGGAGAUUCCAGGGAGGGGAAGAGUCAGACAAAUGAAAUGAGUGACUUGGUACAGCUGAUGACUCAGACUCUUAAGCUGGACUCUAGAGAGAGCUGUGAAGACCUCCGAGUACUAAAUCCAGUGUCAGAAUUCAGACUGCAUCGGAAGUAUCGCGACACGCUGGUGCUUCAUGGCAAGGCUGCAGAAGAGGUGGAGCUCCACGGCCAAGCGCUGCCUCCAGCUGUCAUACCAGGUUCUGAGAAGAUCAGGAGGAUAGUUGAAGUUCUGAGAGCUGAUGUAAUCCAGGGCCUGGGGGUUCAGCUUCUAGAGCAGGUGUAUGAUCUUUUGGAGGCGGAGGAAGAUGAGUCAGAGAGAGAGGUAUGGAUGUUUUACCUGCAUGUAUGUCGUCCUGAUGGCCUUAGAGGCUGGAAGACAGCAUUGGAUCCCCUGGAACUGGAAUUACAAAUGGCUGUGUGCUGGCUGGGAGUUGAACACAGGCUCUCUGGAAAAGCAGCUCUUAACUACUGCACCAUCUUUACAGCUCUUAGCACAGUUACGGGAGCACAUGGGGGACAAGUAUGCAGCUUACAGUGUGAAAGCUCGCCAGCUGAAGUUUUUUGAAGAAAAUGUGAAUUUUUGAGAUUUGUUCUAACUUGCUGCCAGAACUAGAGACUAUUUUCAGAGGUUUCUCGACUAAAACACAACAAAAAAGCUGUUUUGGUUAUUCAGAGGCCACUCCUGUCCUUCACUAUCUCUUUGGGGGUCUUCCUACUGUAAAACAUUGGACAGAGUUGCCUACUGUGAAACAAGUUCACAAAAGAAAACCUUUGAAUAUCAUUUUAUUUUUAUGAGCAAAAUGUUAUAUUUGUUACUGUUUACUGAGCCUUAAACCAACUUUAUAUCCAGUUUCUUUUCCUACAUUGACAAAAGCAGCAGGAGAAACGAGGACAUCUGUUUCUCGGAGAGCAGUGAUGCUUACUCUCCAACGCCAACUCACUAUUCUGGGAAUGGAUGUAAACAACGGGAAGUUCUGUGUUGCAUUUGAACAACCUUUUCUUUUUACACUUAAAUGGAUGUUUAAGAUUUUCAUUUAAUCUGACCUUAGUGAGUUCAGUCUUAGAACUUUUGUUCAGUCUAAACUGUAGCUUUGUGACUCAUGAUUUAACAUGCUUGAUUUCUUCUUUGCACCAGCAAAACUAUCUCUUAAACGCGAAUUCCUCUUUCAACUAAGCAGUGUCUAGGGAAAGUCCCUGUCCUUAGUCCUGGAUGCUGCAAUGUUGGUUUUCAUGUGCAUUUUAUGUAUAUUUUAAAUGUGUAACUGUAGGGCUGGAUGCAGUGAGGCACACUUGAACCCUCGCGUCUGAGAACCAUAGACAGCUGGGUCCUGAGUUCAGUGCUAGCUCGGAUGACAAAGCAAAUUCAAGGCCAGCUCAUACUAGAGACCCUUAUCUCAAAGAGAAAAAGUCAUUGUAUAUCACAUGCCGUGUUAGUUAUAGUAAGUAAUAUCCCUCUAGAGGUAUUUUUAUAAAUAAAAUACAAGUCUUUAGUAAAUUUUCAUGUUUUAAGAUGUGUGUGUGUGUGUGUGUGUGUGUGUGUGUAUGUGUGUGUGUGUGUGUGUGUGUGUGUGUGUGUAGGUGUCUGAGGAGGCCAGAAGAGGGUGUUGGAUUCCUGGACUUGGCUUUGUAGAGGAGACUUUUUCCAUGUAUCCUGGUCCCACUUGACCUGCAGCCACUAUAAGUUAACCACUCAGAGACUUAAUAUAUAUUUUUAAUUGUCUGACUAAUGGCUUAGGCUUAUUUUUGGCGAGCUCUCUCUCUCUCUCCUCUCUCUCUCUCUCUCUCUCUCCCCCCCCCCUCUCAUAAUUAACCCAUUACUACUCAUCUAUAUCACCGUGUGGCUGUGGCUUACCGGUGAUGCCCUGGCAUCUUCCUUCCCCGGCAGCUACAUAGUCUCUGUAUGAUUCUACCUUCCUCCUCUCUGUAUUUUUGUUUGGAAUUCCUGCCUACCUAUAUUUUGCCUGUCCAUUGGCCAAAGCAGCUUUAAUCAUCCAACAAUAAAAGCAACACAUAUUCACAGCAUGCAGGGCAUCCCACACCAUGGCCUUAAGGUGGCUGUGAGCCACCUGCCGUGGGCACUGGGAAUCGCCCCGACUGCUGAGCCAUCUCUCCAGUCCUAUAACCUUUAUAUUUGAAGGACUGAAAGUUAUUCCAAAUAUUUUUGGUGGUUGUCUCAGACAGAGUCUCACUAUGUGGCUCUGGCUGUCCUGGAACUCACUAUGAAGACCAGGUUGGCCUCAAACUCUCAAGAGAUCUGCAUGUUUGAGUGCUGGGAUUAAAGACAUGUACCACUACACCCAUCUCCAAAUGUUUUGUUUGUAGGAGGAAAAAUCAUUUUCUUUGAGAAUUAUACAUCAAUAUUUUAAUGAAAUGAUCUCCUUUAGUUCCUUGUUUUUAUUGUGCCAAGAGUUAAAAGUACUGAAUAAAAUAAAAUGUCAUGUCCUUAUAGUCUUCUGAUCAUAGCCUAGCCUCUGAGGCCUCUUAAUUUUACUCUGAAGAACCGAUUUAUGAGAACAAAUUGUAGACCCACCGUCAGCUGGGUGUAAGUCUUCAGCAAACAACCCGCUUUCCGGAGUGCUCCAUUUCUUGCACGUUCUGGAACCUGCGUCUUUCUGGACAGUCCUAUUUCUCCUUUAGUUUCUAACUUACUGGCAUGAAUGUAUUACCAGUUAUCAUUCUGGCUUCAGAAAAAUUCUCCAGACACAAACCACUAGGCCAGGUAUGGUGGUGCACGCCUUUAAUCUUAGUGCUUGGAAAGUAGAUGCAGGAACUCUGAGCUCUAGGCCAGUCUGGUUGGUCAUGUAGUGAGCUCCAGGCCAGCCAGAGCUACUGUGAGACUGACUCAAAAAAAAAAAAAUCCAUGUUUUCACAUUUCCAUAUUGUUUUUUACAAUUUCCUCCAUGUUGUUCAUUCAUUCAGUUUCUAUCUACACGUCUGACGACCUGAGUUUGACCCGGGACCCGCAUGGUUGAGAGCCAUCCUGUAGCCUCCACAUUCAUGCGUGGUGCACCUGCCCACACAGCACACACAAAUGAAUGUGAAUCUGGAGAGACAUGUCUCAGUAGUUAAGGGACUGUACUGCUCUUGCAGAGGACCCAAAUUGGAUUCUCAGCUUUGGCCUCCUUAGGCACCUGCACUCGUAUGCACACAUAGCUAAAAGGAAAAAACUUAAAAUUAAUAUGUAUCAAGACUGCACCAGGAAUGAGAGGCGGUUGUGAGCCCCACGUGGGUGCUAGGGAUGGAAACUGGGUGCUCUUACUGUGAAGCCAUGUCUCCAACCCCUGACAAUUCUCAUCUUUUUCACCAUUUACCCUCCUUUCUGCCUCUGCCUAGUAUAUCUUUGUUCCCGUUUUCACCCUUUUUAUUUCAUAAACUAACUUGAUUUGUUUUCCCUAUGUACUGGUGUUUUGCCUGCACAUAUGUCUGUGUGAGGGUACUGGAUCCCGUUUUGGAGUUCUGACAGUUGUGAGCCGCCACAUGGGUGCUGGGAAUUGAACCCAGGGUCCUCUGGACCACUGAGCAUCUCUCCAGGAUUCCUUGAUUUUUAACACCACCUGGAAAUUUCUAACUUUUCAGUCACUUACUAUACUUAACAAUAUGCCUCAUCUUCUGUCUUAACUCUUCUUUAAAAGAAUCUUUAAUGAUUUUGUUGAAUUAGGGUCUUUGCUGAUGUUAAACUCAACAUUGCUUUUAAUAAUUCUUCCACAUCCACUCCAGCCUCAGGCAAACUUUUCUUUUCAGUGCUUUGGAAAUAUUAAAAGGAAUGCCCAGCUUUGUA